CAGUAAACGGAAGUAAACAUGCGUCAGCCAUGUUACUGAACUUGGACAAACAAUACUUUAAUUUAGUGUAAUGCAGCGGUUUUCAUGGAUAUAUUGUUUUUGUAAUAAUUAACUGAAGCUCUUCUAAUUUCGAUAUUCAUAGGGCUCUCCUUUGUCGUGUAUAGUUUGCAGAUAAGAUCGUGCACAUUGUAAAACAAAAUACAGUACCAUUUUAAUCUGUAUACAUGGUGAAAAUGAGCGUUUCGUCAGUGCCAUCUGCAGGGUCAAGUGCUCGUAGUACACCUGUACCGAUGCAAAACUCGCCAGGUCUGGCACCUUACAAACCUAUUACCCCCAGCCAGUACGGUGCCUCGAUAGGUAAACAGAGUGAUGAUGAGCUCAGAAGACAAGGGGUGGAUGAUCUUCUACGUAUGGUAAGGCGUCUUGAAUCAGAAAACCGAUCAAUCAUCGCUGAGCAUAGUAGCAUCAUCAAAGACGUAAACAGACGAGUCCAGAUCUACAACAAGGAGAUGCGAGGUCUCAAAGACAUUAAUCAGAAAUUGCAAGACGACAACCAAGAACUCAGAGACCUCUGUUGUUUUCUGGAUGAUGACAGACAGAGAAGUAGAAAACUGGCUCGGGAAUGGCAGAGAUUUGGCCGUUACACUGCUUCGGUGAUGAGAAGCGAGGUCUCGGCAUACCAAGAAAAGCUUAAAGCUCUUGAGAACAAGCAGGAUGAGUUGAUCUCUGAAAACACUGAGCUAAAAGAGCUAUGCUUGUACCUUGACCAGGAACGAAUUCGCUUUACCCAGACUCGAGAUGAUGGUGAUGGCAGUAGCAAUAGUACAACAGCCGGGCAUGAAGAGAAUAAUCAACCCCCACAGAUUCCUGAUGUAGCUGUUACAAACAAUGUGAAUAGAAGAGAUUCAACUUACAUCCAACAACUUGAGUCUCAAGUCCAACAAUUAGAGAAAGAAAAAACAGAUUUACAGAAAUCUGGGCACAAAUUUUCGAACCCUGACAAACAGUCCCCGAAUCCUCCAUCCCACCUGCAGUUAAAAGGCUCACCAGUAAAACCAGUGCAGAGUCUUCUGGCCUCGGAGCAGAGAGGUACACCUGUAGGGAAGAAUGGCAGUGACCAGCAUUCCUCGGUACCAAGCACCCCCAGUACCUUGGCAGACACACCCUCCAAACCAGAGGCUGUAGUACAUGCCAUGAAGGUGCUUGAAGUCCACGAACAACUAGAACGUCCCAAGACAGACGUAGGGGGAGAGAACCUUGAUGAUAAAGAGAAGGCUAUAGUUAGAGAGAUGUGCAACGUUGUAUGGAGGAAACUGGGGGACACUAAAUCUGAGAGAGAUACCCCACAUCCAGUCUAUGAAAAUAUGGCCCCACCCCCUCCCCCAUUACCCCCACCCCACAGACAACCAUCCCAGGGCCCAGUCAGUGAGACCAGAAAAUCCCCUUCCUCAUCCAGUGUCCCAAAUCAUGACUAUCAGCAGAACAAUGCCCAGCAUUACCUCCCACCUCAAGGCUCUCCACAGUACAAUGCUAAUCCUGAUUCUUUCGGCAAUUAUCAAACCUCUCCCCCUGGGGGCCCUGUUUUGCAGUGCAAUUCUACAGUGCCCCACCCUGGAUCCUCUCACACAGUGCAUUCCCACAACCUGCCCCACUACCAACAGUAUAGGUCCCCACCCCCCCUCUACCCCAAAGAGAGACCCCCAGCAUCAGUAUCCUCAUAUGAUAGUGACCAUAGCUCCUAUGCCUCACAACCUUAUGACCGACCAAAUCUACCCUCCAAUUACUAUAAGGACAGACUUGGACAUGGGGGUCAAGGGGGACAGUAUGACCAGUUAAAGUCCAACUAUCAGCACAGGGCAAGUUCUCAGUCAGAUCUGAUCCCACCCCCUUCACCUAGACAGCCAUACAAAAAACAUUUCUCUCAGUCAGAUGUGAGAGGGAGAGAUUACAACAGAGGAGGUCAGAACCAAACACAAGGACCGCACAACUAUAGCCAAGAGUUGAGGGACAGGGGAAGACCCAGGGAAAGCAGCGUUCCCCGUGAGGCUAGGGAGGGCAGCUAUACACGAGAAGUUAGGGAGGGCAGUUAUACGAGGGAGGCCAGAGAGGGUAGCUAUUCCCGAGAGACUAGUGCAUCCAGAGAUGGAGAUCCAAGGAGAACAAGGGAAUUACGUACACCUGAUCCCUGGGAUUUGAGGGAUCCCAGACAUGAGGCUAUAUCUAAAACCAGUAAGGGAUCUUACCAUUGAGGUGUAUAGCUUUUCUGCAAAAAGGGUAUUAUUCUAUUUAUUGUCCAAGUAUUUACACAUAAUGUAUUCUAGACGUUUAGUUUUUAUGAUCUACAUUGUGUAACAUUUGUAUACUGAAGUGAAGUGUGAAAAAAGGAAAAAAUUUAUGGUGCCAUGGCAAAUGUUAAAGCAUUACCAUAAGUAUUUAUAACAGUCUUGAAUAUUGUCAAAGUUUUGUAUUAUGUGUAAGUCAUUUUCAAACGAAUUAUUUCCAAAUCGUACUGCAACCAUACAGCAAAUCAGAUCUCAAUUUUCUUUGACUCUGUACCAAAUUUUUAAUGGUGUCUGGUCUCAUUCUUAAAUGUUCUGAACAUGUGCCAUUCAUGUAUAAUUUUUCAUUGAUUUCCUUUUGGCAUUUUUAUUAUGAUCAAGAAACCAUUUUUGAAAUAGGGCAAAUUUAACCAUAAUGCCACUGUUUAUUUAUUGAAAAUUAUUACAUGUACAUGUAUUACCAACCUUUUAUACACUAUGCAUGCAUGGUUAACAAACUUGUAUUGUGUUUAUCAUUGUAAGGGAACUAGUUUUCCUUAUCUGAUAAUGAUAAACAUACAUACUGUUAAUUUUGAAUUUUUAAAUGUUGGAUUUUUGGGUUGUAGAUUUUUUGAUAGAGAUUAUUUCAUUGUUAUUACGUACAUGUUAUAUACAUAAGCAUUUAUCAGCGAAGCUGGCUUUAUUAUUUAUGAUGUCAGUGAUUAUUUUGUAACUCAUAAACUU